AUGCGCGGCGAAAUCUGUCAUCUUCACCUCGGCCAGGCUGGUACCCAGUUGGGUAACGCUGCGUGGGAGCUUUACCUGCACGAACACGGCUUGUUGCCCGAUGGUAAGAGAGAUCCCGAUGUCACCGAGGACAUCAGCCAGAGCAGCUCUUAUGAGACCCUUUUCACCGAGACCGGAAACGGCAAAUACGUCCCUCGUUCUAUCUUUGUCGACCUUGACCCUUCGCCUAUCGACGAGAUACGCACUGGUACCUACCGCCAUCUGUUCCACCCCGAGCAACUGAUAAGCGGAAAAGAGGACGCCGCCAACAACUAUGCUCGUGGCCACUAUACCAUCGGCAAGGCGCUCGUGGAGAGCAUUGUUGACCGAAUCCGCCGUGUGGUCGAUAACUGCUCUUCCCUUCAGGGAUUCUUGAUAUUUCGCUCUAUCGGCGGUGGGACUGGCUCUGGGUUCGGUGCCCUGCUGCUGGAGCGGCUUUCUGCCGAGUACGGGAAGAAGUCGAAGCUAGAGUUUGCGGUCUACCCGUCUCCUCUCGUGGCAACGGCCGUGGUGGAACCAUACAAUGCUGUCUUAUCCACUCAUAGCUCUAUUGUAAACUCCGAAUGCAAUUUUCUCGUUGACAACGAGGCUAUUUUCGAUAUUUGUAAGCGCAACCUUGACAUCCCUUGCCCUGGAUAUGAUCACCUCAACCGUCUCAUCGCCCAGGUUGUUAGCUCUGUCACGGCUAGCUUGCGUUUCAAUGGUGCCCUCAACGUCGACUUAAACGAGUUUCAGACCAACCUCGUGCCGUUUCCACGUGUUCACUACCCUCUUAUUUCAUAUGCUCCUGUCAUCUCCAGGAAACGCAGUGGCCACGAGAGCUUCAAAGUCAAGGACCUCACCUUUCAGUGUUUUGAACCUAACAACCAGAUGGUUGUUUGCAAUCCUCACAAUGGCAAGUACAUGGCGGUAGCUCUUCUAUACCGAGGCGAUGUUAUACCUUAUGACUGCACCCAGGCUGUAGCUGAGGUCAAGGCCAAGGCGUCUUUCAACCUAGUUGAGUGGUGUCCAACCGGUUUCAAGCUCGGCAUCAAUUACCAGAAGCCUGUAAGUGUACUCGAUAGCGAGCUUGCUUCCGUCGACCGCUCAGUCACUAUGCUCUCUAACUCCACCUCUAUCGCCGAGGCCUUUGGUCGUCUCGAUCACAAGUUUGACCUUAUGUACACCAAACGUGCUUUCGUCCACUGGUAUGUGGGCGAGGGUAUGGAGGAAGGCGAAUUCUCCGAGGCUCGCGAGAACUUGGCGGCUCUGGAGCAGGAUUACAAGGAGGUCGCCGAUGAUACUGUCGGCUUAGACCGGGACAUGGAUCUCGAGUACUGA